AUGCUCACUAAGCCGCGCCGCCAAGUGUCACAUCCACUCGUUUUUAACAAUUCCAGGGACGGUGACUCCCAGGAGAGCCUGUUCCCAAACACGGAUACCGACGGAAACCGGCAGCCUGAACAUAAUCCCGACAGGGAAGGCUCCGCAGGCUCCAGCACCGCUCGCAGGCUCCGCACGGACCCGCGGGGAGCGGGGUUAAGCCCGGGCACCACCCGCGCAGGUCGAGGCGGCUCAUCCCGCCGCUCGGGCUCGACAUCCCUCUGCAGCCGCUCCCGGCCCCUCUCGCCAGAGACCCGGAGCAUCUCCGGGCGGCAGGAGACACAAAAUUCCACGUCAGCUUGGAAGCAGGAGGUGAAAAGCAGCACGUGGGUGUACCCACACAAGUCUACAUUUUGCUUUAGGACAAGGUUGGAAGAGAAGACAAGAAAACUGCAGGCUCCUUCAUUUUCUAUGUUCCACAAAUUAAAGUCUUGCACAGUGACCUGCCUCUUUUGUUUGGGAAUACUAACCCCAGCAGGAAACAGUAAGGCAGGAAACCUGCUGGGUACUACUACAACAUUCUGGAAGUCCCAGUCAUCCAUGGUCCUUGAGGACUUUGUCCUUUUCCCAAGGUAGGACAGGCUUGACUGGACCAGCAGAAAUCCUUACAAUGUCAGCAGCCCACCAGUUAUCCCUCUCUUCCUGCUGGGAUAGCUCAUCCUGAGCUCUCCU